AUGCAUUGGCUCCAGACUGAGGACGAUGGCACUUACAGCUUACAGUCGCUUCAACUGGACAUCGUUGGUUUUCUUGCUAUUCUCGGUGAGGGUUCCGUGCUCGCCAACGCCCAGGUGUCUACACUCUCAAAAUGGAUCUUCCUUCCACGAUUGAUCCCAGCUCCCCAAGCCCUCAUGCGCCCGACGCGGCCGCUAGACCUCGAGCCUGUUCGUGGUGAUGUGUCGGGUGUGUGGUCAGGCAAUGAUAGGGACCAUGUCAAUCAUAUUGGCAACAUUAUUUGCGAUUCCAACAAUUUACCACGACACUCCGUUCGAGUUGUGACUAUCGCACGCGUCACUGAUGAUCCUAUCAAGGCCAAGCCUUACGGGCCUCUUACCUAUGUUGCAAUACUUGGCUUCGCACUUUCAGCAAUGCUAUUGGGAUUGUCCAUAUAUCUACGUGACGGCAUGUCUAUUAUUGCAACCGCACUCCUUUCGUUCUUAUCCAGUCUCAUUGGCUUGGGCAAUUUCUGGUACCUCCGACUCCCGAAACGCAAGCCCGCAGAAGAAAAGCCAGAAGUGCCUGAUGGCGAUGUUGUCAUCAGAUACCCGAAAGGUAAUUUCCUAAUCGUGCGCUGCCAUGAGGAUGUGGCGCGUGAGCUAUACUUCGCACCAGAAGAGAUCGAAUACCUUAUCGAAGAUGCUUGGAUAUAUCGCCUCCUUAGCCUUGUCGGCACCAUGAUGCUCAUGGGCGGGGUCAUUUGUCUCGCCAACGCCAGGAUCGAAAGCCAACUCGCAUGGGCCGGUUCCUACAUGUUGCUUGGAUCUGCUUACUGGAUUGUUGCUGCGCUUCCUGGUAAAGUGCACUGGGACACAUCAUGCUACAAGGUGACGUCCGAGGCACUGUCGGAUUACGAGAUGCAUACAAAAGGACGCUUUCUCUCCUCCAUCAGGAAAGAAUAUCCCUACUCAAAAAGCAAAUCAUUCACGGAGGCUCUGUGGAAAGCAAUCGUGGCUAGCAAGGACGCAACAUGGGUUCGCAGAGGCGACCAUUGCCCGGAAACGAAAGCCUGGGACGACUGGCUAUCCGAGGCAAAGAACUGCAGCCGGGACUAUUCAAUGCUGGAGGAGAAAGAAAAGAAAGAACACGAAAGGAAGAACGGUUUGACUAUUUGGGAGAUCCCUCCUUGGAAUCCAUCGGUGUAUUUCCAGUCCUUGAUGAGGGCUGAAGACCAGAGAAAGGAGCAAGCGAAGAAAGAGCGAGCGGCGCAAAGUGUACGAGCGACCAGCGUUAGGCGAGAAGCUAUAGGUGCUGUGGAUUCUGCAUAG